UACACCGCGAAUUAUAAUAAUAGGUGAGAUUCAAGUGAUACGACUGGACAACCAAUCAAUUUUACACAAACUUUGCGGGGUGGUGUUCAGGCAAUUUAAUCCCCGUCCAUCACAUGCCGAGGCCCCCGGAUAUUAAAUACAUAACUUGGGGAGGCGUCCACGGAGUUUCAGCUCCUUCUUUACUCCCCAACUGUUAUUAUCCAGUCACAGAAUCUCCCAGAACAUCCGCUUUAUGUGAGGUUGUUCCGUAUCGUUGAUCGAAAUAGCGGCUUUCGCAAAUUCCGGAGCAAGACCCGCAAAUGGAGGCGUCCAGCUCUACAAAAGGCUUUUUCCAGACAAAGCCUGUCAUUCCACCCCAGUUCCCAGAAGAUAAAGCACUCCAGCGCAUCAUCUCUCUCCACCUCCCCUCACCAACCCCGAAGUCUAUCUCUGAUGAUCUCUUGCGGUUCUCACGCCUUGUCCUGUCAAAACAGAUUCUCGGGUACAUCGCAGAUGCGGAACGGAAUACCCCGUACGUAAAGUCUCAUACAUCAUUUGGUGUCGAGAAUAAGGAGGAUCCUCUGGUCACUAGCGAGGGCUGGAGGGAGCUGCAAAACACAGGUAUUAGAGAGGGCAUUGUAGCUCUAGCUUACGAAGGCUCUAAGGACCAAUGGAAUCAUCGGAUCCAUCAAUACGUCAAAUACCAUCUAUGGAGCGGUAGCUCAGCCAUUGUUACAUGUCCAAGUGCAAUGACUGAUGGCGCUGCAAAACUCCUGGGCCGCCAUUUGAACGACGAGAAUAGAGAAAUAUUUGCAAAAGCACGGAGCAAACUUAUCAGCCGGGAGAAAGGUGUUGCAUGGACAAGCGGUCAAUGGAUGACGGAGCGUAAGGGCGGUAGUGAUGUUAGGGGCACUGAAACAGUUGCUACUAAAGUCAUUGGCAAAGAUGAAACCGACGGUUUGGAUGCUGAUGGCGAGCCUCUAGGUCCAUGGAAGAUCAAUGGCUUCAAGUGGUUUUCAUCUGCAACUGACGCCAAUAUGACUGUCCUUCUGGCUAAAACUGGAAAGGACGGUGAGAUCAGUGCAUUCUACGCACCAUUAAGAAGACGUGUCAACGGUAGUGCAAAUGGCGAAACCGAGCUCAACGGUAUACGGAUCCAACGAAUGAAAAACAAACUAGGAACCAAACCUCUUCCGACAGCAGAGCUUGAGUUGAAGGGUAUGAGAGGAUAUCUUAUUGGAAAAGAAGGCCAGGGAGUCAAAGAAAUCUCCACGGUCCUCAAUAUUACCCGAAUGCAAAACAUUGUCUCGAGUGUCGGUGCAUGGGGUCGCGGUCUUGCUAUCAGUCGAGCGUUCGCAAGAGUGAGAAGCUCGGGAGGAAGGCUGUUAUGUGAUAUACCGGCACACGUGCGAGGGCUGGCCCAAGAGCACGUUAAAUACUGGGCCCAUAUGCACUUGUCUUAUUUCAUAGCAGCACUCCUUGGUCGUUCCGAAGGUUUCCCUCCUUCUAACGACUCGUCAGCUGCAAGCUCUUUGAUGCUACCCCAAAAUAUCGAGGAUAUAAAUGCUCUAUAUCGCAUCUUGACGCCGAUUGCCAAGGCUCAAACAGCACUUGCUUCGAUCAACGGUCUUCGUGCCUGUAUGGAAAGUCUUGGUGGAGUUGGAUAUCUGGAAAACGAAGACCCGGAACUGAAUGUUGCAAGAAUUUUUCGCGACACCAAUGUCCUCGCGAUUUGGGAAGGUACCACAGACAUUAUGGCAGACGAUUUGGUGAGAGCUAUCAAAGGCAGAGGAGGUGAUACAGCCCUGAGCUGCCUGAAAGCAUGGAUAGAGAACGCCUUGGUUGUGGGUGACAAGACAGGGUUCCAAGAUGAAACCUCAAGGUUGCGAUUUGCGGCCGAGCAAGUGUUGUCAGACCUGGCUACUAAGGAUAAGGAGGAAUUGAAAUGGAAGGGCAAGGACUAUUUGCGAGAUCUGGAUUUUCUUGUCUGCAGCUGUCUUUUGAUUUUGGAUGCCUCAAGAGACGGAAAUGAUGUGGUUCGAGAAAUCACCUUACGCUGGAUUCAUACUGGGAAUAGCACUCAGCACUGGCGGGAACAGAGCGUGUGGGACAAAAUAAUCGUCUUCGGCGAGGCGACGCAGUCAAAAUUAUGAGUGGUUCAUAUUUGAUUUGUAAAUGUGAUGUACAAAUAGCGUCUUUCAAAACUGUUGAGCAUUGAAUAACGAAGCAUGAGAUUGUAUCCAAAUAUAAACCU